GUGAAUAUGAUACCAGAAGGAAGUGAACCAUCUUCAGAUUAAUAAAACAAGUUCGCCGCCUCAAGGAAUAUAAAAUGGGCAAUAAAAACAUUGCAAUUCUUUGCGUAAUCAAUUUUAAGAUUUAUUUCAACAAGUAAAGAACAGAAUAGAAAAUCAGGUGACAGUAUUGAGAUGCAGGGAAUGUGUCCAUCAAGGUUGGAUAUGAGUGUUCUGAAAAAUGUUUCAGAUAAGGCUCAGAAGAGACCCAGGAAGGAAAUCAUUUUGACUGUUCGAAAAUCGGAUAAAUCAGGUAAAAUAAAACGCAGCAGAAAACAUAAGAAUCCAAGUAAACGUAAGGAGAGGUCAUCUUUAUCCCUGAGCAUAAAAUUGGACAAGGAUAAAUUGAAAUGUCUUCAAAUAACAGAUGAUGGGCAAGUUCGUAUUCUGAAGAAAUGUGAGAAGUGUGGAUCGUACCAUAAAACCAAGAAACCAGGGGAAGCAGGAAUAUGUGAAGAAGAACAAAAACCGGAAUAUAACAAUAUAGAAGAACUUUCACAAAAAUUACGAAAUUCUCACUUGUAAAAACACGGACAAUAAAUUAAGGUUGUUGCAACUGCCAAGUGAAAGUUGAGGGUUUCUCGAAAAAUAUACAAGUACAAAAUAUCUUGAAACUCCUCGGUACAUAACAACAACAUCUCCCACCAUUUCGUCGAGUGGAAUUCCAAGGGGUUCAAAAAGGGCUUUAGAUACCUUCGAUGUCCAGGCCGAGUAAGUAAUGGCUGGUACAAUAAAUAAUCACUCCGACGUUCGUGGCCAGAUUAAAAAUCUUCUAUACUACAUCUACGAUGGACCAGAUAUUUUUGAAUCCGCCGAAUAAAAAAAAAUUCUUCAUCUAUGUAUAUGUUGAAAAAUUUGUAUUAUCUGAGUAUACAGAAUUAUAUCUGGAAAUUUGAGCUCACAAUGAAA